UGUUAACAAAAUUUUAUAAUUAUAAAAAGAGGAAUUGCCAAAAAUACCAUUUUUCUUAUACCACUUUUCAAUUAUACACUAAUCAACUAUACCACUAGAUUUUAAUAAGAAAAUGACCACUAUAUCCCUAAUUAAUUAAAUCUAAACUAAUCAAUUGAUAAAAACUUUUAUCUAAAUCAUCUAUAUCUUCUUCCUCGAUCUCAAUAUGAGAAUCCGGCGACAUAGGAUGAAAAUCGAGAAUCAACGACUCCGACGAGAUUUAACAAAGCUGACGAGUUUCCGGCUGGCGAGAGUCCGGCGAGAUUUGACAAAGAUGAAGAGUUUCCUUCGAGAUUUAGCCAACGUCGCAAUAUGUUUUGGGGGAGAAAUUUAGGGUUUCUCGUUCGUAGUUGGUUGGGGGAAGAUGAUUGUGAUGCAUCGCCUAAAGAGCAUUACUUCAGGUCGGACCUCAAUUUCUUCCGAUGCUGGUGGUGUGGACCCUGGUUUUAUUAAGAGACCCAAGCUCGAUCAAGACAACGACAACUCAUCAUCUUCUUCUGCUGGUGGUGAUGAUUCGAUGCAGGUUGACCAAGCCAUUGCUUGUCCUGACAUGAAAAGUAGAUACAUGGUGUUGGUGGUGUCACAAGAAAGUGUUGCCGGAACUUCAAAUGUGCCUCCUGCUGCUGCUGCUGUGACAGUCGAUGAUCAGCUUCCUCAAGUAAUGAACGAAAUGAGAUUAAGAGAUGAGCCCAAUCCCAACCGCGACGAGGACAAAGAUAUGGAACCACCUAUUGUUAAUGGCCGUGGGACUGAAACUGGCCAAGUUAUUACUACCACCGUUGGAGGUCGUGAUGGAAAGCCUAAGCAGACAAUCUCAUACAUGGCCCAGAGAGUGGUUGGAACAGGCUCAUUCGGAGUUGUCUUCCGGGCCAAGUGUCUGGAAACGGGUGAACAAGUUGCAAUUAAGAAGGUUCUGCAGGAUAAAAGAUACAAUAACAGAGAACUUCAGAUCAUGCGCUUGCAAGACCAUCCCAAUGUUUUAUAAUUAUUUAUAAUGGUGUAUAAAUUUUAUAAAUUAUUUUUAUAAACUCUUAUAAAUUAGUUAUAUACCCUUAUAAACCCUUGUAAAUUAUUAUACAAACCAUUGUAAAUUGUUUUAUAAGGCUUUCUAAACGGUUA